GAACUUCACACAAAGCCUUUCCAACUGAUUUCUUUAACAGAUCGUAGCGCAGUGUAGAUAACGAGCAUAUAACUCCAUCUUCUUUCCAGACAAGAUGCUACCUUUCUUGAUCAUCAGCCUCAACCAACUCACUCACACUACCCAGCUUCCCGCUCCCGCCAGCAACAGCAAUCGUCUUGCGAGCUUCCCUACUUCCCAUUCUCUCGAUCCGUCUGUUCAAGCCCCAGCUAGCCACCUUCACGAUGGUCUACCAACAUAGCUUCCUGACUCUGUCAGUCCUCUCCUUGGCCUCAAUCGUCGCUGCCCGCCCCGAUAACCUGAGAGGGCGAACACCUCCAAACCCCAACACCUGCCCCUGUCUGCCGGAGGGCACCCCGAGCGUCAUCACCAAGACCGAGACCGCCCAUUCCACAGUCUACCAGACCGCAUCCGCCUCUUUCGUCCAGGAGACCGUCACGGCUACCCUCACAGUCACGCGCCGGGCAGAGACCCAGACCGAGACCCGUACCGUUCACGUCACCAAGACGGCCGAGGAGCAGGAACAAGUCACCGUCACCUGCACCGAAGUCAUCAGCGAAGGUCCUGAUGGCUCAGCAACCACAAAGACCAAGCCUCCCGGAGGCCACGGACACACCAAGACGAAGACGCGCACCGGCCAUGGCGGCUCCGAGACAAGUGCGCCGGGCCAUGAUGAUGACAACCAAGCCACCCAGACAGAUGCCGCGUCCGGUUCCGCAACAGCAACAGCAACGGCAACGGGCACCGGCUCAAACGGCGGCAAGCCGACCGACAAGCCUCCUCACGGGGGUGACGGCGGCGACGGCGGCGAUGAUGAUGACAACGGCAAUGGCUCCUCCAAGCCGACCUCUACCCACCACUGCAACCACUGGAACGGCACCAAGUGCGUCAAGCCGACCGAUGUCCCCAGCGACUCCGCCGUCACUGUCACGGCCACGGCCACGGAAACCGCAAUUGCCACGGGCACAACAACCGGGAACGCUCUCCCAACCUACUCUGUCUGCUCUGUCUCGGUGGCUCUCGUCACUGUCUACAACACGGUUACAGCGACUGUCUACCGGACCGGCACAGCUCCUGUACACAAGCCUCGCGCGCCGACCGCAGUGGCCGCCUGGUAGUUCGGUUGCCGCCCGCAUGGUUUCUGGCUGUGAUAUAUCGAUGCAAGUAUCUGGGGACGACAUAUUUCUCCCUUUAGUAAGGGUGGUAAUGGUGAAAAAGUAAUGUCUACUGUAGUUAGGAAGGGUUCUCAAUGAUAUCAAAGGUGUUUAUAUCAAGCUUCAAGAUGCA